CAUCCAAGAUGGCCGGUUGUGGAGGCGAUCAUCAUCAUCAUCAUCACGAUCAUGACCACGUACACGACGAUCCGUCAGAAAGAGGAAGUCAAUACAGCUUGUACCAGAAGAUUGACAUGUUCAGGCUGCAGUGUCUCAACGAAGCAGAGGAAGAGUCGGGAAAAAAUGUCUUUAAACCUUGGGACAAACGACUUGAUUUGACGAAAUUUGUUGAAAGUGACGUUGAUGAAGAACUCCUGUUUAACAUCCCAUUUACGGGUCAAAUAAAGCUAAAAGCAUUUGUGGUUAUAGGUGGGACAGACGGAGAUCAUCCCUCUGAAGUAAGACUUUUCAAAAAUCGUCCUUUUAUGACGUUUGACGAUGCAAAGGCUGAGGCUGAUCAAACUUUUGAACUGCACAAAGACCAUGAUGGUAGUCUUGAGUAUUCCACCAAAAUAGCUCGUUUUUCAAGUGUAAAUCACUUGUCCAUGUACUUUCCUAAGAACUUUGGAGCUGAGACAUCAAAGAUUUACUUCAUCGGUCUAAAGGGAGAUUUUCAAGAGGCCUACAGACAUGAAGUGACAGUUUGCACAUAUGAAGCAAGGGCAAACCCAGCUGAUCACAAGACUAAUGCCAUGGACUCUGUUAACCAUAUGAUACAAUAGUUUGAUUAGAACUUGUUGAAAUCAUGCUAAUAACUUGCUUCUCUGCUCGCAUUAUUACAGCCUACUGCCCAGUUUAUCAUGACCGAAGGAAGUAGUUUGAAAGGGAAUUGAUAAGUUAAGCUUAUUCCAUUGUCAAAAAUUCGUGAAUUAAAAAAAAAGUACAAAAGUU